UGUCGUGCAUUUGCAAAGGCUCUGCACUCUAAAGAGAUGGAAUUUGAAGGUGCAUGCUCAAAUAUGAUGGAUGGCAACCCUGUUGCUGUAGUUGAAGCUCUUAUUCAUAUCAAUAAUCAAUUGCACCAACAUGAGGCGGCAGUUGGAAUAUUGACAUAUUCUCAACAACAAUUGAGUGUUCAACUGAAGGAAUCAUG